AUGGCGCCCUCGCAGGAGGACUUCGAUUCUCUGAAGGAUGAGAAGGACAAGCUGGAGGCCGCGCUGAAGCAGGAGCAGGACAAGCGCCUCGCAGAGCAGCAAAGGCUCAAGGAGAGGACGCGGGAGACGUUCCAAAAGCUGAAAGAUGAUUGCAACGCGAAGGUGCUCGCGCUCAACCAAGAGCUCGAGAAAGCGAAGGCCGACUCCAACGGCUCGCCAGACGUGAGCGCCCUUCAGACAGAGCUGGACGCGGCUAAAGCUGAGGUGGCAGAGGUUGUUGAUUUGCGCGCAGAGCUUGCCAACUUGAAGGCGGCUGCAGCUCAAGCCCAAGCUACCUCUGAGCAACUUCAGCAAGAAAUUGAGCGGCUGAAAACAGAAGCAGCGGAG